GCAGAACUAUCGAAUGCUUUUUGACGCCGUAGUCGCUUCGCCGUCACUGGAACGCAGUAGCAUAAAGGCAUUGAGUUACGCCGGUACGCAGUGUGAGCGCACAUACCUCAGCGUCCGCGUCUAGGAGGGGGUGAAGUCGGAGGAGGGUCCAUCAAGAGGCGCGUCCUCCUAGAUAAAAGCACAGACGGUCACAGGAAAAUCGGCUGCGAGGAGCCUAUGAAUUAAGAAGCGGCAGACUUCACUCCACGUUUCCUGGAAAUGCAGAUUUCAACAGAGAGAGCCCUUUUCCUGACUGGAUGAACAGAUUGUCAGGUGUGAGGAUGCGCUCCCUUCGGAAAACGGUGUUGCUCAGCAUCCUUGUGUCAGUGGUUCUGGUCCUGGCUCUCAUCCACACGUGGCCCACCCGGGCCUACACCACAAUAGAGGUCUGGCAACGGCCAGGCCUUGUUUUAGACAGGAAUCUAGAGGAUCGACUCCUGGAACCAGAUCCCCAGUUAAGCACCAUCCCCUUUCAUGUGCGAGAGAGUGUGGCAGGCUUGUUGGCGCGCAACGGAUGCGUGUGUGAGAGCGAAGGAGUGACUCUGCCUAUCCUCCAAAUCUUAAAAUCACGUGUGUCAGCUCAAUCGCUGAACAAGGCCUUCCAGGCCAGUGAACUGGAGGAGUUGAAGAAGAGACGAGACAAGGAGUUCAAGAGCUUCCAGAAAAGGUUACAGACACCUGGAGAUAUGCUCAUCAUUGCAGAGGCAAACAACCCACUACAGUAUCCAACCCAGGGCGUGGAAACGCGGCCCCUAAAAACAAUCCUUAUCCCAGGAUUGGCCUUACAGGACCAUCCGAGAGACCACUACUCGAUAAAUCUCACGGCCACGAUGGGGACGCUGAAUGUUGCCGCAGAAGUGGACGGUGUAAAAAUCCAAGGUGAUGGUGAAAUGCGCAUGACGCUGUCAAGCAGCCACUUGGGAAAACUGAACCGACAACUGCAGUUUGUCACCUACACAAACACACUGUUCCACCCCAAUACAGCAGACACAGUGCACUUUGAGACAGAGGGCCACCAAGCCAACUUCAUCAUUAAGAUCCGUCACGGUUUAACACCAAAACUGUAUAACACAGGGACGGAAGGAGAGUACAACAUCAGUGCUCUGGUCACCAUAGCAACCAAAACAUUUCUACGCUACGACAAGCUUCAAAAUCUGAUCGACAGCGUGAGGAAAUACUAUCCGACCGUCACGAUUAUCAUUGCUGAUGACAGUCAAAAUCCCAAGAGCAUCUCAGGGCCUCACAUUGAACAUUACAUCAUGCCUUCUGGAAAGGGCUGGUUUGCUGGUCGGAACCUGGCCAUUUCCCAGGUGACCACCAAGUAUGUCCUGUGGGUGGACGAUGACUUUAUCUUCACCAGCAAGACAAAGGUGGAGAAACUUGUGGAUGUUUUAGAGAAGACCACUUUGGACCUGGUGGGAGGUGCAGUACAGGAGGUCACAAGGUAUACCGCCACCUUCAGGCAGACCAUAUCCAUUGAGCCGGGGGAGGCGGAUGGGGACUGUUUGCACAUCAGGAAAGGCUUCCAUCACGUCAUCCAAGGUUUCCCUAAUUGCGUGGUGACCGAUGGAGUGAUUAACUUCUUCCUAGCUCGAACUGACAAAGUCCAGCAGGUUGGCUUUGACCCUCGCCUCAACAGGGUAGCCCACCUGGAGUUUUUCAUUGACGGCCUGGGAACGCUCCAUGUGGGCUCUUGUGACGACGUCAUCGUCAGUCAUGCAAGUAAAAUCAAGUUCCCCUGGGCCAGUGCAUCAGAGAGCGACAAAGCCUAUGCCAAAUUUCGUUACCAGCCAGCCUCAUCUGACUCUUUGCACAGCAAUUUCGGCCUAUUUUACUUCAAGAACAGAUUUCAGUGUUUCACUCGGGGUAUAUCUCGUAUAUUCUGAUUUGCCAAAGAGGACACAAGUUUGGCGGAUGAUUUGCCUAUAACUUUUUUUUUUUUUUGGUGCCAUGGAACGGAUUGAUCGUGUCUCUACCUACACAGUACAAACCAAACAGUAUAAACAAGUAUUUUUGUUUACAAAGACCAAAGUGAGCCUUGACAAUUUCCAGGUGGCCCACAUUAUGGUUUUGACUGGUCGAAGGGACGCCUCCCACAAAAUGACAAUCCUGUAAAAUACACAGUGCGGAGGGAGGAACCCUUUCUACUACAACGCCACGAAAGGGGCACAAUGCAAACAUGAGCUACUUAGUAUUGUCACUGGUUUGGCUUUGAAAUGUUUAUUUUUGCUAGCCUUCUUAACACUGUUUUUCCUGUUUGUGAACAUGUCUUAAGUCCAUCAUCUCGUCUGCCUGGAAAUGUGUGAAAGCUGAUCUGGUAGUGUAUGGGGGUGUGUGCGCGUGGAUGUGUUAUGAGGGGCCUUCAGGGGCAUAAUUCACCGUACACACUAUUGAAAUGCUCCCAUACAUGUGAUUGAACUUUUUUUCCCUGAUCAUAUUGACAAGUGAUACAAUUUAUACAGUCAUAAAAUACAGUACUACUCAAAAAUUACAAUAUCAAGUAAAAGUUGUUUUAUUUUGGAGAUUUAACACAAAA